CUUUCCUGUCCAAGCCCCUCCCUUCUUCAGAUUUUCAGACAGGAGCGCUGCGUAGCGACCAGUAUCUCAAGCGGAGGAGAAAUCUCCCGACUAAUUAAACAGCGUGAUCAGAAAACGGGCGAAUAUCGUCAUAGGAUUUUUCUACAGUAUCGUAUCUGGCAAGACGACGAGGUCUGGAGUCUGGGCUACGGAUAAGAAACGUCUUGCAUUGUUUAUUUUAUUUUUCUAGGGGUUUGAUUUUAUUAUCACGCGCAGGCGUCGGUACACAAAAGAGCUUUGGAGAUGAUAGUGAUGGUGAUGAUGAUGGAAAAACGGCGUCGCAUCAUGAAUAGAAGCUGGACAACGACAAGACUUUACACUUGGAUGCACUGAAGAGGGAUUUUGGUGCUUGGAAAUCACGGGUUGAUACUGUGUAACAGCCUAGUUGAGGUUUGAAUUCGUGUCCAGAUGUUGUCAUUGUGCUGUGGACGGCUGCUGUGCUCCUGUAAGAAGGAUGCAUGGGAGUAUGCCAGCUUUCCUGUUGUUUCUCUCCAAUGUGCGCGUUGAUGCACGGUUUGUAUUCGAAGAAACCAGAUUCAGAGAAGAAAUCCGUAUUUAUAAGGACAACCCCUGAGAAAUCUUGAACAAUCUGUGGUUUAUACAAGGUUAUAAACUCUAAGUGUUGAGUUUUGGGAAAUUAAGUUUCGUUGAAAAGAACAAGUCGCUUCGGAGUGACUGCAUCAACCUUGCUUGCAUACUUGAAUUAUUUGAACCUGAAUAACUUAUCAAUGAUGGUAGAGCCUGUGGGAUUUAUUGAGGCCUGGAAGGCACAGUUUCCAGAGUCCGAGCCUCCGAAAAUGGAGCUGAGGUCUGUGGGAGGCAUUGAGCAGGAACUAGACAAGUGCAAGGCGUCUAUUAGGCGGCUGGAGCUGGAGGUGAACAAAGAGCGUUUCCGCAUGAUCUACCUGCAGACACUGUUGGCUAAAGAGAGAAAAAGUUAUGACAGACAGCGCUGGGGAUUCAGGAAGACGCAGAUGGCCGAGGGGGACGCUCAAGCAGGUGGAGCUGACCCCCAGCACUCACAAACGCAGGAGCUUAGUCAGGGGGAUCGCACCCGAUUCCAGCCUGUAGGAGAAGCCAGGCCCAAACCGCGGCCUCCUCCGGCAAGGAAAUCCGCCUCGCAUGCAGAUGGACUGGAACUGCAGUCAGCUUAUGAGCCCCACCAGCUAGGGCAGGGCGGUGAGACAGAUGGGCUUUCACCAUCUAAACAGAGGGGAGGAGUGUCUCCUCGCAGGCCGCAUCCUCCUCCUGACAAGGAGCUCCCAUCUGACCCAAGUCCCAAGGAUAAACCAGGCAUGGGACUUGGCGUGGCCGCUUUGCGCUCCAACUUUGAGCGGAUCAAACGAGCCAAUUCGCACUCAGCCGGAGACGGAAGAGGAGGCCAGGACAAACAGCCUUUUUACGCCAACAUGGAGUUCCAUCAUGAUAAGGGCCUGGUGCGAGUGAACGAUCGUGACGUCUCGGACAAGAUCAGUUCCCUCGGCACACAGGCCGUGCAAAUGGAGCGCAAGAGGUCCCUCCAUUCCCUGCCAGGCAAUUUGGCCACAGUCGCCGGUGACCCACGACCCAGGCCUGUCUGUAGGGGCCGAUCCAGCGAGAGCACUUGCGGGUAUGAUGCCGAAUGUGAAGAUGGAGAACCCAACCCUCGGUACAACAGAGAUUGCACUGCUCGGCCCAAUGGAAACAAACCACCACCUCCUCCAUGGCAGCCGUCAGAUUUUCAGCCCUAUAGCGGGGUUUAUGUGACCAGUGAAAGCGGUGAUGGUCGGGUCACGAUGCGAGAGCAUGCCAGCAACGAUGACCAUCACCUCACCUGGCCGAGGAGAUCCUACUCACCUGGAAGCUUGGAAGACGUUGGAGGAGGAGGGGGUGGUUACACACCUGACUGUAGCUCCAAUGAGAACUUGACCUCCAGCGAGGACGACUUCUCGUCAGGACAGUCGAGUCACGUGUCUCCUAGCCCAACCGCUGCCUUCCGCAGGCCCUUCAGAGAGAAAAGCCGCUCACCCUCACAGAACUCUCAGCACUCGUUGGACAGCAGUAGCCCUCCGACGCCGCAGUCCCAGAAGAGACACAGGCAGCCACACGUGGUUGUUUCAGAAGCCACUAUUGUCGGUGUACGCAAAACGGGACAGAUCUGGCCCCAUGAUGGAGACUCCACCCCCUCUAUUAGGACAUCCCAUGACAACAGUUACCAUGGAGAUCUCGAUGGUCCAUUCACGGGCACUCCUCCCACAUACGGUUACGAUGCGGACCGGGCCGAGGAGCAGAGGCGUCACCACGAAAUCUUGCCCUACAUCGACGACUCUCCGUCGUCCUCGCCGUAUCUCAGCUCCAAGAGCCGCAGCAGCAGAGACACACUGUCCUCUGGCUCACUCGAGUCUUCCAAGUCUGCGGACCUGGACCUGGAGAAAGGGCUGGAGAUGCGCAAGUGGGUUUUGUCUGCAAUCCUGGCCAGUGAGGAGGUCUACCUCAGCCACCUGGAGGCACUGUUGCUGCCCAUGAAACCACUGAAAGCUGCGGCCACCACGUCACAGCCGGUCCUGACCAUCCAGCAGAUCGAGACCAUCUUCUUCAAAGUGCCUGAGCUCUAUGAGAUCCACAAAGAGUUCUAUGACAGCCUCCUUCCCAGAGUGCAACAGUGGAGCCACCAUCAGCGUGUGGGAGACCUCUUCCAAAAACAAGCCAGUCAGCUAGGAGUGUACCGGGCGUUCGUGGACAACUAUGAACUAGCCGUGGAGACAGCAGAGAAGUGCUGCCAAGCCAAUGCACAGUUCGCUGAGAUCUCCGAGAACCUGAAAGUCCGAAGUACCAAAGAGUGCAAGGACCAGAUAGCCAAGUACUCACUGGAAACUCUCCUUUAUAAACCAGUUGAUAGAGUAACAAGAAGCACACUAGUUUUACAUGAUCUGCUAAAGCACACACCCUCCAGUCACCCGGACCACCCCCUCCUCCAAGAUGCCCUGCGGAUCUCGCAGAACUUCCUGUCCAGCAUCAAUGAGGAAAGCACACCACGUCGCCAGUCCAUGACCGUGAAAAAGGGCGAGAAUCGGCAGCUGCUGAAGGACAGCUUCAUGGUGGAGUUGGUGGAAGGAGCGAGGAAGCUGCGACACGUUUUCCUCUUCACUGACCUGCUGCUCUGCGCCAAGCUCAAGAAACAGAUUGGCGGGAAGAGUCAACAGUAUGACUGUAAAUGGUACAUUCCACUGUCAGAUCUGACCUUCCAGGCAGCAGAGGAGACGGAGCCCGUCCCGAUCCCGCAGGUCCCGGACGACGAGCUAGAUGCCGUUAAGAUCAAGAUCUCUUCCCUCAGGAGUGAGAUUCAGAGAGAGAAGAGAGCCAACAAAGGGUCAAAAGUCAUCGAGAGGCUGAAAAAGAAGCUGUCAGAACAGGAGUCCCUGCUGCUUCUGACGUCUCCCAACAUGCCUCUGCGAGCGUAUAACAGAAACGGCAAGAGCUACAUGUUCCUGAUCUCUUCUGACUACGAACGUGCCGACUGGAAGGACAUGAUUCGGGAACAGCAAAAGAAAUGCUUUAAGAGUGUGUCUCUGACCUCCAUGGAGCUCCAGAUGCUCACCAACUCCUGUGUUAAACUCCAAACUGUCCACCACAUCCCUCUGACCGUCAACAAGGAAGAGGAUGAAUCACCUGGACUUUAUGGCUUUCUGAAUGUAAUCAUCCAUUCUGCCUCUGGACUAAGGCAGAGCUUAAAUCUGUAUUGCACGAUGGAGGUGGACUCGUUUGGCUUAUUUGUGAACAAAGCCAAGACACGUGUGUACAGAUAUACUACAGAGCCCAAAUGGAACGAGGAGUUUGAGAUUGAGCUGGAAGGCUCUCAAACACUGAGACUGCUUUGCUAUGACAAGAGCUACAAUAAAACCAAGAUGAGCAAAGAGGACGGAGAGAGCACAGACCGCAUUAUCGGCAAAGGACAAAUUGUGCUGGACCCUCAGAUGCUUCAGGGUAAAGACUGGCAGAGGACCGUCAUUCCUAUGAACGGGAUCGAGGUGAAGCUGUCUAUGAAGUUCACAAGCAGAGAGUUCAGCCUGAAGCGAACAUCCUCGUGUAAACAAGCAGGAGUGUUUGGAGUGAAGAUUUCCACGGUGACCAAACGAGAGCGUUCGAAGGUUCCCUACAUUGUCAGACAGUGUCUGGAAGAGAUUGAAAGAAGAGGAAUGGAGGAGGUCGGCAUCUACCGCGUCUCAGGAGUCGCCACUGACAUCCAGGCUCUCAAAAAUGCCUUUGACACCAAUAAUAAGGAUGUCUCCGUGAUGAUGAGUGAGAUGGACGUCAACGCCAUCGCUGGAACUCUUAAGCUUUAUUUCCGGGAGCUUCCAGAGCCGCUUUUCACUGAUGAACUGUAUCCCAACUUUGCUGGAGGCAUCGCUCUCUCAGACAGCGUGGCUAAAGAGAGUUGCAUGCUCAACCUGCUGCUGUCUCUUCCUGAACCCAACCUGGUCACCUUCCUCUUUCUACUGGAUCACCUGAAGAGGAUUGCUGAAAAGGAGAGCGUGAAUAAGAUGUCUCUGCACAACCUGGCCACAGUGUUUGGACCGACUCUGCUCAGACCGGCAGAAAAAGACAGCAAGAUUCCAACGAACCCCACGCAGCCCAUCACCAUGGGAGACAGCUGGUCCCUCGAGGUCAUGUCACAGGUACAAGUCCUGCUGUACUUCCUCCAGCUGGAGACUAUUCCCACUCCGGACAGCAAGAGACAGAGCAUCCUGUUUUCCACCGAGGUCUAGAACAAAGCACGCUGAGGAUGAACUCCAGUAAGUGAACUGAUGGAAGAGAGAGACCCCUGCUGGACACUAGCAGGAAUAACCACACUCUCUCAUGAGGUCUACACACAGCUACUGAAGGGCACCCGCGGCUCACACAGAUCAUAAUACUCACUCUUUCCAGAGCAUCCUGACACGGCUUAGUGAUUUCUGAACAUUAGUAUUCUGCUCUGCUCCUUUUGCUGUCCUGUCAGGAACUGUGUAGACUGUGGGCCAGCGAUGUAUCCUUGUAUCCUGUAUCCUUGCACAUGUUCCGAUCAGCCAGUGCAGUUCGAGCCUCCUCCUCCUCCUCUUUCAUUUCUGUUCCCUGAGUACUAGAGCCUGAACCAUGUUCCUGCUGCUGCCGUCAAAUAGUGCUCAAAGCGUCGUUCCUGAGUCUGUGCUCAUUUCCAGUGUUCCAGUGUCGCUGCUAGUUAAGAUCGAAGAUGCUUGCUUAAACCUAGGGCUUUUUUUUUUGGUCAUUGUGUUCAAGUUAGGUUAUUACAUUUAUUAGAUAUAAGUCGACCAAAAAUCGAGCACCGUCAUGUUGAGGCGUCAUCGAAAGCAAUACGGGACCGAUAGACACGAGCGUCUUUGAUAAUUUUGUGCGCUUGCAUUUGAGAGAAAUUCAGUCACUGGGAUAACUGCUUAAAGAACGUAACACUGAACAUUGGUCAAUUUUUAAUUGUGUUUCAGUGCGAAGUACGGUUUUUGUUCUGUUAAUAAUGUUUUUGUUUCUCAUGCCUCUUGUGAGCAAUAGUUUUAAACAUAAGCAAAGGUGUUAAAUUCUGUAGACAGUUCAAUAUGCAUUUUAUUACAAUUAUUAUUAUUAUUUUGUAAUUGUGUUUAGGGAAUCUUUCUUGCUGAAAUAUGUAUGUACAUAAUUUAAAAUCUAUUUCUUUUCUCUUUUUUUGUAGGAUUUCCUUAAGUGUAAUGAUUAUUUAUUUAAAUUUUUUUGGACAGGCUGUCUUGUCGAUUCAUUCAAGAAAUCUCUCGUAAGGACGUAUCUAAGACUAAUACAUAAAAAACUGGAGUGACGUUUGACCUCCUUUGCCUAGUUCACAUUCCGAUUAAUGCUACAGAUAGUCACUGUGUCCUGAUACGCACCUUUUUUUUGUGUGUUUUGUCUUUUUGUAGUCCGAAAGCAUAGGAACGAUCUAGUGUGCUCUUGAGAUCCCACAAUGCACCGCAAACUAACAAACAAACAAACAAACAAAAAUUCUGUCUAUUCUGUCCAAAUGAUGCACAGAAUACCCAUAAUGCACUUUGCAGUUUGUAGGGAGUAGGGAGUUGCAGGCUAUCUUGAAACACAUCCGUUGAGUUUGUUUAGUAGAACCGAAAGGAUGCGGGGUCUUCGUGUUUGUCCUCGUCCUUCAUGUCCCUGCGAGGAUCCUCUUUAUGAAAGAUAAUUUGCGAGACAUCUCGUUGUCUGUGUCCGUUCUGAGAUGUCUAUGAGUUUGUAUCCCCCCCCCCCCCCCCCCCCUCUCAUUAUACAGCUGUGCCUCGCUGUCUUUGUGUAAUAAAGCUACAUUUUGUCUCUAAGUUACACUGUAUAUGUACAUGUCGUGUCAUGGGGGGAGAAAACAUGCACGGUGUUCGCUUUUGUCUUCUAAUUUGUUAUUGACGUCCACUCUGUGACUUGUCAGUCAUCUUCGGCACUGUGUUCUGCAGCAGCCAUGUUCUGCUGUGCCAACAAGCGCCUCCUUUCAUUCAUACUCAUAGUGUCUGUGCUAUUAUAAAGCAUCCAGGUAAAAAAAAAUCAAUGCUAUUUAAAUUUUUUUUAAUAUGCAUUACUUGCAUUACUAUUAUUUAACAUGCAGGCAUGUUUUCUUAUGUUUUUUUUUUUUUUUUUUUUUCUUUUUUUUUCUUACAAUUCUUAAAUCUUUCAGUGUUUUAUUUUCAACCAAAACUCGUUUGCUUUUUGUUUUGUGACAGGGUUUUGUAUUUGGACAAAAUUUUGCUGUAAAAUACAGUAAAAAAACAAACAAACAAAUACAUAGACUUAAUUUUUCCUUUAAUUUAAAUCAUCUAUUCAUACCCAUGUGAAUGCAACAUUCAUAGCAAUUGAUGUUUUCCUGCUCUAACCUGCUGCCUAACAAGAUUUGUGUAUACAUACAUACAGAUGUGUUUUAUAAAACGUACAAAUGCGCGUUUUGGAGAUCCGAAUGCAUAAUCUCUUUAUAGAUCAUAGACACGAAAUGAACACAACAUUAUAACCUUGUAUCAGCUCAGAAAGCAGGAUAUUACAUGAAACCUUCAGAUUUGUGAUUAUUUCUUAAUUUAUUGUGUUGUUUGUUGUUAAAUGUUUUAAGAAAUUUAAAUAUAGAGAUAGACUCGAAUUGAGGGGAAGUAUAAUAAAUAACUUAUUUAAGAAUGGAUUCGUUAUCUGCGCUUUUUAAAGUAUUUGGGAAUUAACUCUUGCUAGUUAGACUUAAAACGUAAAACCUUCACUUCUCAAAAAUCAACGCAUUUCAUCAUCAUGAGCUGCUCUGAUCUGGAAGAACUGGACAAAUACUGCUGUAUUGAUUGUUUAUGACAGGAAGCUUUGCUCUUUAGCACAAAUAUCACCCUGACUCAACAAAGCAUCACUGUUUUUUUUUUUUUUUUUGUUUUUUUUUUAAUAAUUGAACAAAAUUAGCACAUUAAAUGAAGUCCUGAACUGCGACACCUCUCCUAAAACGUAGAACGUUUUCCAGUGUUGUAAUGGCACAAUUGCUUAUUGUGUAUUACAUUUAAAAAAAAAAAAAAAAAAAAAAAAAAAAAAAUGUUUGUAAUCCUUUUGAGAGGCGUUAUUUUAUGGGCAUGACUCUACAACAUUACCCUAGUUUGUGUUUAAAUCUUUAACAUUAAGGAUAAUGUUAAAAAAAAAAUACUAAUUUUCUUUGACAGCGACUAGGACAAGAGUUGGGUUUCUGCUCUUCUCUUGUGAACGCUAUUGACGUUUUUUGAUGUUGCCUUUGUUCUGAAUAAAGACCUGUAAAAAAAAUAAUAAAAUUAAAAAAAAGAGAGAGAGAUAAUGCACUCCAGAGACUCAUCUGUUUGGAAGGCGUUUGCGGCUUUGUUUUGUAUACAAAUGAUAAAUAAAACCUCCUUUAUCUAUGAAA